AUGCAAGCAGCUUUUUCUAAAUUGAAACUUAAAAAUAAAGCUUCGGAUAUCCCUGAAGCGGAUCUGGCAAGCACUUCAGGUAAACCACCAUCGGCUAAACAAAUUUACCAGUCACGACAAAAUUAUGGUGUAAAUUUUGGAGCUUGUUUUGUUUUAGAAAAAUGGAUCUACCACGAAUUGUUUUCGGAAACUGAUGGUGAUGCUGAAUUGGAUGCAGUUCUGUCUUUAUUCAAAAAACUUGGUGAGGAUGAUACUAGAUCCAAAUUCGAAAACCAUUGGAAAGGCUAUGUGAACGAUGAUGAUUGGAAAUGGCUUGCAGAGCACCAUGUGAACUCAAUUCGUUUACCGGUAGGUUAUUGGGAAGUGGAUGGUGGUGCUUACACAUCAGGCACCAAUUUUGACAAGUACAAAGGUGUUUACAAGAAUGCAUGGAAGAUUAUUAAAGAGAAUUUUAUUCAAAAGGCAUCGGAUAAUAAGAUUUCGGUUUUGAUUGAUAUUCAUGGUCUACCAGGAGGUGCAAACAACUCGGGUCAUUCAGGUGAGUCUGGCGCUGGGGGGGAAUUUUGGAAGGACGAGAAAAAACAACUUGCUAUGGCUAAAAUGAUGGGGUGGAUUGUUAGCGACUUGAAAUCGUUUGAUAAUAUUGCUGGUAUUCAAAUAGUCAACGAAGCCGAAUUUGCAGAUCCACCUAAGAAACAGUCAACUUACUACAGUGCUUGUAUUACUGAAAUAAGAAAGAGCGAUAAGCUGAUCCCUGUCGUAAUUUCUGAUGGUUGGUGGGCCGAUCAAUGGGUUAAGUGGGUUCAAGAAAAGCAGGGCUCGGAUGGAUACAUUGGUGUUGUUUUGGACGAACACGUUUAUAGAUGCUUCUCAGACGACGAUAAGAAAAAGAAGCCUCAGCAGAUUAUUGAUGAUUUACAAGGAGAUGUGUUAACCAACUUGAACGACAACGGAAAAGGAGUUGAUAUCAUUGUUGGUGAGUACUCGUGUGUUUUAGAUCAGCAAUCCUGGGAUAAUGACAAGAAUGCCAAUAGAGACGAAUUAGUUAAACAAUUUGGUCAGCGUCAAUGUGAAGAGUUUGCACAAAAGGCUUCUGGAUCUUAUUUCUGGACGUUCAAGUUCCAGUCUGGUAAUGGAGGUGAAUGGGAUUUCAAAACAAUGACCGAUAAGGGGGCUUUAAUUCCACCAUCAAUUCCAAGCAAUCAACCCCUGCAAGAUAAGCUUGAGGAAGCUUUAAAUAAUGCUUAUAAUGGUCACGUGGACUUCUGGAAGAAUGAACAUCCUGAUGGCAAAUUUGAACAUGAAAAUUUCAAAGAGGGAUUCUCUAUUGCUUGGAAAGAUGCGGAUGCAUUUGCACAAUUCAAUGGUUCCAUAAUAGGAAGAAAGGAAGCCUGGAAAAGAUCAAGAUUACAAGAGUUUGUGUCAAGCAAAGGGAAACUGGAUUUCCUUUGGGAAUGGGAGCAAGGUUUUGAUCAAGGUUUAGAGGGAUUUUACUCCGCAUCAACAUAA